AUGGCGCCGCCGCUCGCCGCCGCCCUCCGCCCUCACCUCUCCCGCCUCGGCCAAACCCUCUCGUCCCGUCUCCUUCGCCUCUUCACCUCCCACUGUCCCUCCGACCAGAGCGAUUUCGAACCAGACCCCGACCACCCCAUCCCCUCCGCCCCUGACAAUGACGACGGUGAGCUCGCCUCCUUCCUCCACCGCCUCUCCAGCGCGGCCUCCAGCACCUCAACCCGGAAGGAGGCCAUCUCCCUCCUCCUUUCCUUAUCCACGGGCCCGUCGCCGGCCUCCCCCGCUCUCCUAUUCCGCGCGCUCUGGGAGCUGCGCCGCGACCCGGACGCUGCCGCGCUAGCUCUUCGGUACGGAGACGAGUGCAGCGCCGUGGAUGGGGCCGAUGGGUCGGGUCUACCGCCGCCGGCCGACGCGUGGCACCUGGCCGUGUGGGCCGCGGGUAAGGCGCGGCGGUUCGACCUCGCGUGGGCGGUCGUGCGGCGGAUGCGGAACCGCGGUGUGCUCACUCGCCGCGCCAUGGUUAUCCUGAUGGAGAGGUAUGCAGCUGCCAAUGAAGUAAAUAAAGCAGUCAAAACAUUUGAUGUCAUGGAGAAGUUUAAAGUCGAAUCAGAUCAAAGUGUAUUCUACUCCCUUCUUCGUGCUCUUUGCAAAGGCAAAAACAUAGAGGAUGCUGAGGAGUUGCUUCUUCUGAGAAAGAAAUUCUUCCCACUUACUGCAGAAGGUUUCAACAUAAUUCUAGAUGGUUGGUGUAAUGUAAUCACUGAUGUGGCUGAAGCAAAGAGAGUUUGGAGAGAAAUGUCAAAUCACUGCAUUACUCCUGAUGGCAUGUCGUAUACUCUUAUGAUCAGUUGUUUCUCAAAAGUUGGAAACCUUUUUGAUACUCUAAGGGUUUAUGAUGAGAUGAAAAAGAGGGGCUGGAUUCCUGGUAUUGGUGUUUACAAUUCACUUGUCUAUGUUCUGACAAGAGAAAAUUGUGUGAAGGAUGCACUCAAUAUAUUCAGCAAACUUACAGAUGAAGGCCUCCAGCCGGAUGUUGAAACAUAUAACAAUAUGAUAGUUCCACUCUGUGAAAGUUGUAAGCUUGAUGAAGCGCGAAUGGUGAUGGAAACCAUGGUACUUAAGGGCAUCAUUCCUACCAUUUCGACUUACCAUGCAUUUUUGAAGCAAGAAGGCAUUGACGAAUCACUGAAGCUCUUGCAGAAAAUGAAGGAGGAUGGUUGUGGCCCUAAGAGUGAUAUAUUUCUCAUGCUUAUUGAUAAAUUUUUCUUGCUAAACGAGUCUGGGAAUGCUCUAAGAGUGUGGAAUGAAAUGAAAAAAUAUGAGAUCAGCCCUGUCCGUUCACACUAUAUGACAGUGGUCGAAGGUUUAGUAAAACACGGAUGGAUACCAAGAGCUUUAGAGUACUACGACGAAAUGAAGGAAAAAGGUUUUGCCUCUGAUACACAACUUGAUAAAGAAUUUAAAACAUUUUUGUUGAACAACAGAGACCACUGGAGAGGAGCAGGCAAAUACAAUAUCAUCCCCCAGCGUGGUAAACAUUUUACAAAGCGGUCAAGAAUGCAAUAA